UCACAUCCCUUUCAAAAAGGGAAUAAAGCUUUAAACAAACCAACAAAAAGCCAUAUUAAACCCAGCCCUCGCUGCAUCAAAACCUCUCUCAAUCCGAAAUCGAUCGAGCUUUGGCAUUCAAUUUCCCCCGAUCAAUCUCUUCUGUUUUUAGUUCCCUCCUCAAGAUCAUGAACGACGGUGGCCGUAGAUAUGCUGGAAGAGGCCAUCCGAAUAACAGAGGACGAUCUCCUCGCUCCGCCGAUAAUUUCACUUAUCGUCCUCGUCAUUGCAGGCUGGAGGUGAGGGGCCUUCUGUUGCUGGUUCGUCUAACCCUGGUAAUGGAACUUUCCGAGAUAGAAGUUCUCAGCACAUGUCGUCGAGGAAUGUCGGGAAGCCUUUUGGACAAAAACAGGCCUCGAGUUCUGAACAGUGGCAGUGGCGGCCUUUAAAUAGUGGGAAAGAUGCGUCUUCUGCUGCCAUUGAUCUUCAACCGGAACAUAAUUCAGCUGAUGAUUUGAGCAAUACCUCUAAACAAUUAUUGGGAUCUAUUGCAUCAAAUACUGACAGUAAUCAUAUGAGCAAAAGCUCUAAACAACUAUUGGGAUCUAUUGCAUCAAAUUCUAAUUGCAAGGAAUUCUCACCUUCUUCUGCCCAAAAUGUCUCUAAGAGUUUGCAUUCUGCUGUUGAAAGAAUUCAGAUUCGGGAAUCUACAGCAGUAGGGGAAAGUUGUAGUGAUUCGUUUCCUCAUGAUAAUUGUAACAGAUCAGAUGCUGUUGGACAGGACCUCAAGGUUCAAGUUCUCUUGGAAUCCUGUGUGAAAGAUGAGAGUUCCACCAAAAAAUUAAGGGAAAGUAAUAAUGUUUCGGGCUCUACGGACUCAAAAGACAAGAAGCCUUCAGUGAACCUCGAUCCUUUUGAUAUAUGCCUUCCAAAGACUGGGGUUGUCACACUGAAUCCUUCUUUAUUCGCUAAGAACAGAGAAAAGAGGAAUGAGAUGAAGCGUGCAAUGGAGGGAAAUAGUGGAAUUGUGUUGAGACCAGGAAUGGUUCAUCUGAAGAGUGGCAUUUCCCUCAGGGAUCAGGUGAUGAUAGUAAAAAGAUGUCGGGAUCUUGGUAUUGGAGCUGGAGGCUUUUACCAACCUGGUUACCGUGAAGGAGGAAAGCUACACUUGAAAAUGAUGUGCCUAGGUAAAAAUUGGGAUCCGGAUAGUAGCACAUAUGGAGAUGUUCGUCCAUUUGAUGAUACAAAACCACCAAGUCUACCAGAUGAAUUUUACCAACUGGUUGAAAAGGCAAUCAAAGUUUCUUAUGCCAUUAUGGGGAAAGAUUCAACAAUGAAAAAUCCUGAACGUGUACUUCCAUGGAUGAAGCCGAACAUCUGUAUUGUAAACUUCUACUCACAAAAUGGAAGAUUAGGUCUUCAUCAGGAUCGAGAUGAAAGUCGAGAAAGUCUCGAUAAAGGAUUGCCUGUUGUCUCCUUCUCCAUUGGUGACUCUGCAGAAUUCCUAUUUGGUGAUCAGAGUGACGCUGAUCAAGCGGAGAAAGUUACUUUGGAAUCGGGAGAUAUCUUGAUAUUUGGUGGGAAAUCAAGACAUGUUUUCCAUGGGGUGACUGUAAUUCAUCCAAACACUGCUCCUAAAGAACUUUUAGAAGCAACAAAUCUUCGUCCAGGUCGCUUGAAUCUUACUUUCCGUCAGUACUGAAAGCUUUUUUUCUUUUUUGCUCACCAAGGGAGAUAUCUAUGAAACAACGCCCUUGUAAUACAGUCCCAAGUUUCUCUCUAGUGCUUCGGGAAGUUGGUUUUGUUUUACUUUAACUAACACAUUACAAAAGCAUCAUCGUAAUAGAGUCUUGAUGCACAGAGAGGUAAUUCUUAGUUGUAAUCUAUUAUCCUAUGGGAAAAUUUAUUGCUUUUCAAGAACUUUGUCAUAUUGUGCAGUUCUAAUAUUUUGCAUUACAGUGGGGUUUUCAAGGAA